CGGCGGCGGCCAGCGGGGCCAGCAGGGUGAGUGAGAGCUGCGGCGGGACUGCGGGACCCCGAACGGGGUACUGGGAGCGCCUCUGCCAGGUGGCCGCCGAGGUCCCUCGGCUCUGGUGGCCGCGGCCCCACGGGGGGGGGGUCGGUGGCACCGUCGGUAGCACCGAGCGCGUGGGGCACGGGGGGCUCCCGCGGUCCUCUGCGACCCCCCGUCGUUAAGGGCCGGACGGAGCCCUUCCCUUCCCGCUCCAGCUCCUUCGUAUCUUUAGUCUCACGGGCAGGCCGGCCGGGACAGCUGCAAACACCUCGAGCCAGGGCUCGACCGGCUCUGGACGGGGAAUACUCUCCGUGAGGUCGGGGGAGGAGCGGGAGGCGCUGGCCCGGCGAUGUGGGAGCGGUGCGGGAGCGCCUUGCCUUGGGCUGAAGGGCAGCUGCGGGUCUCUCGUCUUUAACCUGUGAUCACAGACUUGGUUCUUUCCGGAGUCGGCAGAGUGAAGAGUUGUCAGGACACUGAAGGAGACUGAAAAAAGAAAAGGGCAUGGAGGGUCAGGAACUGCCUUAUGUGCUAAUUGACUGUAUAGGAGGGAAGCAUGGAGUAUAUGAAGACCAUGUUGGAUUUCUGCAGAAACAUUUUCAUCUCAUCACCAUGAAAGAAUAUCUUGAAAAUAAGACACUUCUCAGCAAAAAGAUCAGAGCUAUUUAUAUGUGGUAUCACAAACCAGUUGUUAACAAAGAGCUGCUCCAGAGCUUGUCGAACUUGAGGAUAGUUGCAAGUUCUGGAGUGGGAAUAGAUCACUUGGACCUGAACCUCCUCUCUAGCUUUGGUGUGAAAGUGUCCAACACUCCAUUUAUUGUUUCCACUGACACUGCAGACCUGGGAAUGGCUCUGAUGCUGGCAUCUUCCAGGAGACUUGUGGAAGGCUAUGAGAUGGCAGUCUCCCCUGACACAGAAUAUUUCCCUGCUGACUGGCUGGGGGCUGAGGUUUCUGGAGCAACCCUGGGGAUUGUGGGAAUGGGCACCAUUGGUUACAAAGUGGCUGAAAGAGCCAAAGCCUUUGAAAUGAAGAUUUUGUAUCACAACAGGAGUCAGAGAAAAAAAGAAGAAGAAAGUGCCGUUGGAGCUGCUUACUGUAAAAAGAUAGAUGAUUUGCUCCAGCAGUCAGAUUUUGUGUUGCUGGCUGUGAACCUAACUCCACAGACACACAAACUGAUUGGGAAGAGGGAACUGGAGCUGAUGAAACCCACUGCUACUCUCAUUAAUAUUAGCAGAGGUCUGGUAGUGGAUCAGGAUGCUUUGGUGGAAGCCCUUCAAAACAAAGUUAUUAAGGCAGCUGCUCUGGAUGUGACAUAUCCUGAACCUUUGCCAAGGGAUCACCCUUUGUUAAAGCUGAAGAAUGUCAUAAUAACUCCACACAUCGGAAGUGCCACCAAGAAGACACGCCGCAUUAUGAUGGAGGAAAUGACAGAAAGCAUACAGGCGGGCCUUGCAGGUCUUCCUAUCCCUCAUGAAGUGUUGCCAUAACGUGGCUUGCACUUAGCAUUAAUGCCAUUAGUGGUUAUCCCGGCGUGACAAAAUAGUAAUUCGAUCACUUUUCAUGUAAUUAUUCCAUGAAUAUUAUACAGAUAAAAUCUAUAAUGUUUAAUUUGUUUAAAUAACAGACAGCAAUUCUGUCUGGAAAACCUGCAGUAUUUUGUCGUGACCUUCAAUGAAAAACCCCAGAGUCUUGCACCAGUGUAAUUUAUUUUGCUCGCAUCCCCCUACAAUUGCCCAUGGAUGCAACACCGAAUUAAAGGAACGUGUAAACCGCGAGUUAGAGGAACCGCCUGUUCGAGCGGCUGCUCCCGCCGCUCCAGCAGCAAUCCUGACCUUUGGGUGCAUUUUCGCUCUCCAGACACCGAGCCUCUGCACAGCUGCGCCAGCGCGGGGCUCGGCUCUGCAUGUGUGCGAGCCUUCCCCUGCCCGGGCCUCAGGGGAGGGCGGCUCGGCCUCUCCCCCUCCUUCCCUCUCUCCCUCCGGGGCCGGCCCAGGCCGCCGCGCCGACAGGGGGAGCCGCCGCCGGAGCCGGGAGCUCAGUAGGGCCGGGCCGGGCCGGGCCGGGCGCCGCGGCGGAAUGUGGGGUGCCCGGGCGGCGGCGGCGGCGAUGCCGCGGUGGUGCCGGGCCCUACACGGCUCCGCCGCCCUGGGCGCCUCCAGGAACCUGCUGCUGCGCAAAAUGCUCCGCAAGAACAAAAAGAAAUUUUGGUAUGACAGCCCUACCCUGGGAUCUAAAAUGAUGUAUAAACCAACCAAGUUGGACGCCCUAAUGAAAAAUGAGCAGACAAAAACUAGAAGAGAAGAUAACAUACGCUGCAGAGUCUUGAAUGGUCUUAUUCAUAAAGCUAUGUCACAGAUGGUGACUACCUGUGAAGUCAGUCAAGAAUUUUAUGAUCUCAAGCUGGAAAUCUGCAAGGUGUCCCUGUCAUCAAACUUUUCAGCAUGUCGUGUGUACUGGAAUCCUGCUGCUACUACGGAGAAAGAAAGCUAUGUGGAAAGUGUGCUGCGGAAGAGCGCUCCACGUAUACGGUAUCUUCUGAAGAGUCAGCAAAUUCUAGGAAAUGUACCCCCAAUAAUAUUUAUAAAGGACAAAGAAGCUGCAGCUGUGAAAGAGGUCGAGGACUUAUUGGCAAUUGCUGAUUUUGGACCUCCUGAAGAAGAAGAAGAAAUAUUUGAAAAUGAUUCAAGUAAACUGUUCUCUUCAGCAACUCAAUCUUCAGGGCCACCCAUGCGGUCUAAUCUGUUUGGUAUUGAUCAUGAACUGCUGAAUAAACAGAUAAUGGACUAUAAAAGACUGAAAGGGUCAAGACAUAUAGAAAGUAUUCCCUGGACAGAAGAGCAGGAGCAGCAGCUUUCUAAGAUUCGGAAGAAGAUGAAAAAGAGGAAACCAAAGAAUCCUGAUGAUGACGACAUUACACCACAGAAAUACUUACUGGACAAAUAUGAUGCUGAUUACUGGGAUGAUAACACUGAAUCGGUCUCAGACUAUGAGUUGGAGGAAGAGGUAAAGGAAUUGGAGAUGGAUGAUGGCAAACAUUUAAGUCAUCCUGCUGAUAAACUAAAAUGAAGUGAAAAAGCCACUCCCUUCAAAAUGGAGGAUACCAAAAGCAAAAGAAAAAGACUGCCAUAGAUACUGAAAGGUUGUUUACCUGCUUACCACUUCCAUAUGUAAGAAAAACAAAAAUGCCAUUUGUGACAUUCUGUUAAGCACCUUUCAAGCUGCUACAGUUGUGGAACUUUGAACAAGCGAGCGGUUUUAUAAUAAAAUACACCAAUUGCAGCACUGAGGUAAAACUUCUUGCAGUUGUGCUGAUUAUUUCCAAUAAAAUUAUAGUUUCUA